UACCAAAGAUUUAACGAUGUAAACUAGGUCACUGUGGUAUACUUGUUAUGAUCUAUGCUUUAACCUGAUUUUGAAAAAGUUGCCAAGGAAGUAGUUGUUCUUUUUGUCUGACGAAGGAUUUAUUCAAUUUAUCACGUAUAAUUUUUACAUCUUUUACAGAAAAAUCUUAGCAGGCGCGUAUAGCGGUGAGACAGGACCGGUACAAUUCACCGUUCGAUAUGGGCGAUUACGUGACGCGAUUGCUAUGAUCAGCUAACAGCUCUAUACGACAAAUAAUGACUGAUUUAGAAAGUAAAAUUGAAUUUAAACAGUUAUGCGAUACAUUUGAAGAGAUUGCCAAAGCCCAUGAAAUAAAAAAAAAGGAACAAAUUUUGCAAACAUUUAUUGACAAAUGUCGAAAUAUUAGCGAUGAACUAAAAAUAGAAUACCCUAAAUCGGACGUGUCGCUCUAUCCCAUAUUAAGGUUAAUUUUACCACAUCAUGAACGACAGCGUGGGCCGCAUAAUUUGAAGCAAGCUUCGCUGGCAAAGCUUUAUGCUGACGUAUACGGUUUUGCAAAAAAUAGCGACAAUUACAAAAAAUUAACUAAUUAUCGAAAACCUUUGUCGGGCGAAUUUCUAGAUACAGGAAGUGAUUUUGCAGAUCGAGCGUAUUGCGUAUUGCAGAAAAAGUUACCUCGAAUUAGUAUGGGAUUCACGAUCACACGUAUCAACAAGUUUCUUGAUGAUAUCUCUGAGAGAAAUGUAACGAGGCAACAAAAGGUUGAAACGUUUCGUGUAUUUUUUCGACAGAUUACAGGACUUGAGAUGAAAUGGGUGACACGUAUUAUCCUUAAAGAUUUACGACUUGGUAUAGGGACUCAAAGAAUACUGCACAUCUAUCAUCCUGAUGCGAAUGAUAAAUUUCUCGUGACGAAUGAUUUGCGUGAGAUUUCUAACCAGUUAUAUAAUCCAAAGAUUAAAAUGAAUUGCAGUCUGCAAAUAUUUUCGCAUUUUAAACCGAUGCUCUUAGAGAGAUGCAAUAUCGAGAAUAUUGGCAAGUUAUUUCGGGACAAUGACCUGUAUUAUGUACAAACGAAAUACGACGGCGAGAGGUCACAACUCCAUAUGAAGGAUGGAACAUUUAAAUAUUUCACGCGUAGAGGAUAUGAUAUUACAAAGAAUUCUGGGUACGGAGAAACUGCAUCUUCAGGUUUCUUAACCAAGAUAUUUAUGCGACAUUUGAAUCUUAAUUGUCAUUCUUUUAUAUUGGAUGGAGAAUUAAUGGCUUGGCAUAAAGAAAAAAGAAUAUUUGCUACAAAAGGUAUGAAUCUUGAUGUGAAACAUUUGUCGGCGAACAGUCAUCAUCAGCCGUGUUUCAUCGCAUUUGAUAUCAUUCUGCAUAAUGAUAUCUUGCUUGUCGAUAUACCUUACAAAGAUAGACUAAAACUUCUCAAUGAUAUAUUUACUGAAAAAGAAGGGUCUCUGGUCAUAUGUCAGUCUACUUUAAUUUCGAAUAGGGAAGAAUUGAUAGAGGCAUUCAAUAUACGUCUCCGUAAUAACGAUGAAGGAAUUGUUGUAAAGAAAUGUAAUAUGAAAUAUAAACCAAAUAUUCGAGAUGGCAAUGGUUGUUAUAAAAUUAAGGCAGAGUAUUCUGAUAAUUUAGUCCAAGAUAUAGAUCUCAUUAUACUUGGCGGCCAUUAUGGGGAGGGCAAAUAUACUGGAGUAAUUAAAAGCUUUAUGAUGGGCGUUGCUGAUCUAACGAGCAAUAAAGAAGAAAAUCCAUCUAAAUUUUUUUCUGUCGUAUCCGUGAGCACUGGAAUAGGAAACGAAAUGUUGCGAAAUAUUGAAACAAAACUUACACCAUAUUGGAUCAAGGAACAGCCUGAAAAUAUUAUAGGUCCUAAGGGAAAUCAGCCGGAUGUUUGGAUUCGCCCAGAACAUUCUAUAAUUUUAACAAUACGAGCGACUGAGAUGAUAUGCAGUAAUAAAUAUCCAACAGGAUACAGUUUACGAUUUCCUAGAGUUAUGAAUAUAAGGAUGGACAAACCAUGGUACAGUCUAUGUACUAUUUCAGAACUUCAGUUGUUAGCCAAAGACAAGGGAAUGAUCCAAAAGUUAACCAAGCGGGAAGCUACUUUGCAUGAUAUCGACCAAGUACCAGCCUCUAAAUUACAAAAAACGGCGAAUUCAAGUAAAUUGAUUGCACGCAACAUAUACAACGAACAAAUAAUACCACUUACGCGAAUAUUAGAUGGGAAAGAAAUUUGCGUGAUUAAUGGUACUGAUAAAUUACCGAAAGAGCGAAUUGAAGAAAUAUUGCAGCAGCACUGCGCAAAAAUUGUUCAAAAUCCAAUGAACACAACUUUUUGUGUGAUAGUAGGCAAUAAUAAAACGAUGCGAGGGCAGGAAGUAAUAAGUGGAAAAUACGAUGUUGUAACUUUGGAUUGGUUUAAACGUAUUACUAAUAGUUUUAACUGGGUCUCGUUGGAUGAUUUUUUACCAUGGGAAUUAUUAUGCAGUCGAGACAUAACUAAACACAAAAUUACGAAAAAUUAUGAUGAAUAUUACGAUAAUUUUACUGUUUAUGCAGAUGAGGAAAGUUUGAAGCGUUCAUUUGGCAAGAUUGGGAAACCAACUAUUUUCGAGAAUGCGGACAAUCAGUUUAUCAUAGAACAGAAAAAGGAAAUGGACAAGGAAUUGUUUACGAAUACAUCGCCCUAUUCGAUAUUUCGAGAUAUAAUUGGAUUCUUUUAUAAUGAAUCGUGUUAUGCUAAAUUUAAAUUCCGUUUUAUGUCAGGUACAGUUAAAGAUAAGAUUGAUAAUUCCGUUACGCAUUUUUUUGUAGAAGAUAAUGAGACAAACACAAUUGUGAAAAACAUAAAAACACAGUUUCAAGAGCAAAUAUGUAUAAAAAUUGUUAAAUGUAAAUGGAUUGAGGAAUGUUUCCGUGUUGGUCGUUUAUGUGAAAUUACGGAUUAUUUAAUUGAUUAUUAAAAAAUGUAAAUUGCAAUCAAAAAUGUUCAAAGACAAAUAUAUCAAAAGUUUUAUAACGUGGACAAAGUUACAUGUGUAUUUUCGAAACUUGUGAUAUAUUUAUUCGGGAUCGUUUUAACUCACAUUUUCGUGAAGCACUGAGAAACUAGGUACUAGGCGGAGUGACAGUCAGACAGUUAGCUCAUUUAACAUCUUCUCGUUUCGAAAUAUUUCUUCUUGCGAGCCGCAUUACUCUUACCUAUCUUAUUUUAUUUCUUCGGAAUACGUGCAAAAUACGAAAGAGUCUCAGCUGCGACGUUUAUUUUAUAAUACCUGCUAUUUAGAAAGAUUUCGCAUAUAAAUGCUUUUGUCCACGUUAUAAAACUUGAUAUAUUUGUCUUUACACAUAAUGUCAAAUGAUCGAUGAUUUCAAUGGAAAGACUUGAGAUGCAUAUAUUGAAGAAUUAUAAGCUAGAUUGUAUUUUUAUCAUUGAUAUUUUAUGUAAUUUUUAAUCUUUAUUUUCUAUUUUUUUUAUUAUCUAUUUAUUUUCAACUUCUAGACUUUUAUUCCAAGAAUUGUUUUAAAAAUAAUUUUUCAUUAGAAUAAAAAAGAAAUAAAAAAUACUGAAUGUAUGUUGAUAAAAUAAAUCUUUUUGAACAAUAUCAAUUUUUGCGAAAAGUUUUCAGAAAGAUUUCAAUAUAUUGUGUGUGCAGCAAUUCUGAAAGGUUUCUGUGAAAUAAAAUGAUUCAGGCUACCGUAAUGCUUUAACUUUACGUUCUUUUAAUUAAAAAGAUUGAAUUUUUUAAUAUAAGAAUUUAACUCAAAUAAAAUAUUGUUUCUUAUACAUAUACGCGCGCGUGUACGUGUGCGUGCAUGUGUAUGCGUGUGUGCAAUGCAUCUUUUAAUUAAACCUUUCAAAUACCAUAUGUACAUUUAUUAUAUUAAUCAGAUUG